CACUGAUCAAUGGAAAGAGCCGAAGAUGUCGGCUCGGUCAUGUGAUGAUGCGUCCAAUCACAGCUGAUCACAUGUAAAUAGCCUACCAUGCACAUCAAUGCCACAUAUCAGUGCCCAUCUGAGCUGCCUUUCAGUGUCACCCAUCAGUGCCAUCAGUGCCACCUAUCAUUGCCAGUCGGUGCCGCCUAUCAGUGCCAGUCAGUGCCAUAUAUGAGUGCUGCCUUUCAGUGCCCAUCAGUGAUGCCUGUCAAUGCCCAUCAGUGCCACCUACCAGUGCCUCCUCAUCAGUGCCACCUAUCAGUGUCCAUCAGUGCAGCCUAUCAGUGCCCAUCACUGCAGCCUCAUUAGCGCACAUCAGUGA